UGUCUCUUUUUUCCGAUCCCUACUCUGUUCUCUCUCUCUCUCUCUCUCUCUCUCUGCUCCUCUUUUUUUUCUAUACCCGUCCUCCUCCUCCAUCGGCAGACAUGGACCUGACCCUGUGGCAGUACCAGUUCAGGAUCAUCAUGCUGGGGGACUCCACGGUGGGGAAGUCCUCCCUGCUGAAGCGAUACACCGAGGACACGUUCCUGGAGUCCAUCAAUCAGACAGUGGGCGUGGACUUCCACGUUCACUUCCUGGAAGUGGAGCCGGGGGUCAGGGUCAAGCUGCAGUUCUGGGACACAGCGGGCCAGGAGAGGUUCAGGUCGGUGACUCGCUCCUAUUACCGCAACUCCGUUGGGGGCCUGCUGGUUUUCAACCUGACCAACCGAGCCUCCUUCGAGCACAUCAAGGACUGGCACGCUGAGGUAUGCGAGUGGGUCCAGCCGCACAGAGUGCUCUUCGUCCUGGUGGGCCACAAGAGCGACCGAGACGCCCCGGGGGAGAGGGACGUGAGCAAGGAGGAGGCCGAGAAACUGGCCGGACAGCUUGGGGUGCCCUACGUGGAGGCCUCGGCCAAGACCGGGCACAAGGUGACGGAGGCCUUCGAGCUUCUCACGCGGCGGGUGUACCAGGGCCUGAUGAGCAGGGAGGUGGAGCUGCGGGAGGGCUGGGACGGGGUGAAGUGCUCGGGCCCGCGGGCCCUGCAGCUACAGAGGGCCAGCCUGACGCGGUCCGCCGUCACGCCCAAGCCAAGCAAGAAGUGCUGUGGUUGAACCGUGGACGCGCAGCCGCCCGUCGACUCGCGCCGCCGUGGCACCAAAAGGGAAUCGACGAGACGUUUGUGCCAGACGCGUGGUCGUCGUGAUCAAAGUUUUAUGUUGGAAGCAUCGUCUUACACAGCGUUGGUUGUGCUGAAAUAAUCUGAACUUGGCUGUUUUUUUGGGAAGUGGAAGUACUUCCCCGCUGGAUUUCUUGUGAACAUGCAGACUUAAAAGGGUGUGCAUGGAGAACACCUUGCUGUGUGGAUCAGCAUGUGGUCACAUGUGUGUACAAAACGCUGGUCUUCUAGUAGCUACGGGUCCCAGCGGGGGAGCGGGCGGACUGUGGGAUCGUUAUUUGGCCAAAGGGGAACACUGCAUUGACGCACAACAUAUAGAUUACUGUCGAUUAUCUGGCGUUCUGCUGGUGUGAAUUGACUGCUUAUUUUCCUGUGUAGCACAUACAUGCGUGAUGUACUUCCAUUUCGAAAUGAUGCGGUUUUCGAGUCCAGUGUUGGCACAGGACCGAAACAAUUAAACACUGUAAAAUAAUGAAAGCACGUGGAUCUAUAAGUUACGUUGAUGAGGCAUUAAAAUUGUUUCGACG